CAACUCUCUGCAAUUUAAGGUGCCUGAAAGAGGAGUGUGAGGAAAAGUCAAAGACUGGGCACCCUCAUCCUCAGGUACCGGCAACAGAGGCCAAUAGCAUCAGAGGCCAGUGGCAUCAGAAGCCAAUAGCAUUCCAGCUGGGCUGGCAUCUGCCCAUGUGUCCCUUCCUGACAGGCUGCCUGCUGCCAUGAAGGAUCUUCUUCAGUAUGCUGCCGGCUUCUUGGCUCUUUUCUCCACCGUGUUUUUGAUUGUGGCCACCUGGACUGACUGCUGGAUGGUGAACGCCGAUGACUCUCUGGAGGUGAGCACAAAGUGCCGUGGCCUCUGGUGGGAGUGCGUCACCAAUGCAUUCGAUGGAAUUCGCACCUGUGACGAGUAUGACUCUAUAUAUGCAGAACAUCCUUUGAAGCUGGUGGUAACUCGAGCACUGAUGAUCACGGCUGACAUUCUAGCCAGCUUUGGAUUUAUCACCCUACUCCUUGGUCUUGACUGUGUGAAGUUCCUACCGGAUGAACCACAGGUUAAAGUCCGCCUCUGCUUUGUGGCUGGGACCACAUUACUCAUCGCAGGCGCCCCGGGAAUCGUUGGUUCUGUGUGGUAUGCUGUGGAUGUUUAUGUCGAACGCUCUUCUCUGAUUUUGCACAAUAUAUUUCUUGGGAUCCAAUAUAAAUUUGGUUGGUCCUGCUGGCUUGGAAUGGCUGGGUCCUUGGGUUGCUUUUUGGCAGGCGCUCUCCUCACCUGCUGCUUGUACCUCUUUAAAGAUGUCGGGGCUGAGAGGAACUACCCUUACGCGGUGAGGAAGCCUUACUCAACUGCAGGAGUUUCCAUGGCCAAGUCCUACAAGGCCCCUCGGACAGAGACGGCCAAAAUGUACGCUGUAGACACCAGGGUGUAAAAUCUGCCACAUACCAAUCUGUGUUGUUUAAUUAAUCAAUCAACGUGUUCAAGCUAAUAAAGUAACUGAUUGAUUUUGGAGCAUUUCUUUACAUUUCAAAUUCAACUUAAUUAA